UCCCACAGUGUCCGUGCGUGGGGCUCUUUCUGCAGGAACAUGAGUGAGUUGGGAUCUCUCGCCAGCGCUCAGGGGUUUACCUUUAUUGGGGUGCUGGUAGCUUUAUACUGGGUGCUGACCCAGGGAUGGAAGCUUGUUCGUGGGAUAAGGAAUCACGUGCUGUCUGAGUGGUGGCAGACAGAUCUGAAGCAGUUUGGGGGCUGGGCAGUGAUAACAGGUGCAACAGAUGGAAUUGGAAAAGCAUAUGCUCGAGAGCUUGCCAAGAGAGGUCUAGAUAUUGUGCUGGUCAGUCGUACUUUGGAGAAGCUCAGGAAUGUGGCAGAGGACAUAGAGCAAGAAUUUGGAUGCAAAACUAAAGUUAUCCAGGCAGAUUUCACAAGAGGUUCGGAAUUAUACCAGAAAAUUCAGGAUGACUUGAAAGGGAUGGAAAUAGGAAUUUUGGUGAACAAUGUAGGUAUGAUGAUAUGUGAUUCUCCUACAAGUUACUUGGAUACUCCAAAUAUCGUCAAGGCUCUUGUGGACACUAUUAACUGUAACAUGCUAUCGGUAUUGCAGAUGACUCGGAUUGCCCUUCCUCAAAUGGUGGAAAGAAAGAAAGGUCUUAUUAUAAACUUGUCUUCAGAGAUCGGGAACCAUCCUUAUCCAAUGACCUUGGUAUAUAGUGCUUCUAAGGCCUUUGUGGACUUCUUUUCUCAAGGACUCCACGCAGAGUACAAGGCGAAGGGGAUCAUUGUGCAGUGUGUGAUGCCACUACUGGUCUCAACAUCAUUGACUUAUAAAAUGAAAACCAAUAUCUUUGUCAAGUCCCCUGAUGAUUUUGCCCGUGAAUCUCUAAAUACUGUUGGUUAUACAAGCAGAACAAGUGGUUGCCUCUCUCACUCGCUCCAGAGUUAUGCUUUGGAUCUUCUACUUCCUGAACCUGCUUUUAACUUUCUUCUGUCGAUGAAAGCUGUAGAAAGUCACUUUGAGAAUGUGAGGAAUGAGUACAAAAGCAAGAAAGAUAAAUAAAACGAUUCAGUUUCCACACGGAUGUAUCUUUAUAUCAAACAUAUUGUUUAGUUUUUUUAUGUCAGAAUGUAAAGAGCUGCUUGGCUGAUGGGAUAAUAAACAGUACAUGAAGAUAUAUUAAAGAUCAGUUGCCAGAGGUAAA